AGUGCAUGGACGGAUGCAGCCAGGGGGACGACGGCGAGACCCGGCACACACGUUGUUGUUGUUGUUGUUGUUGUUGUUGUUGUGUGAUACUGCUGCUUUAAAACUUUAAAGCACUGUUCCCCUGCGCGGGCGCAAGUAGAGUGUGAUGUGUUGGCUGCAUGUUGUAAAAUCCCUCUCAGCACCACCGACACAUCCUCUCGGGAGUGAUGGGUUCUAAGUUGAGCAGACGGAGAAGUCUCGAUCUGGAAACAAAAGUGUCCAAGAGGACCCGCCAGAGGAAUGACAACCCGGGAGAGAGCGAGACUAGUGGCGGAAGAGGCGGCGGAGACUUCUUGUUUACCUCCUUGAUGCUCAAGUCCGACAAGCUCCCGGGGAUGCUGCGGAGAAACAACCACAGCCCUUAUGUCAGGCGGGUGGCGUGGAUCCGGGACAUCCAGAGGCUUCUCCGGGAGCAGAGGAUGGAGCAAGCGGCCGAAGUGCUCAAACUGCUGAGAAAGGAUUUGGGACUCCAGGGAACGUCGCUCAAUGAAAUUUUGUACAAGAACGCAGCUUUCCUCAACCUGGUGGACCCCAUUUCUCAUGAGCUGCUGCUCAGCCUCGCCCGGGACCUGCAGUGUCCAAAAAGGGAGACCGACUCGUUCAAGUCCACUAACAAGAUCUGCCGCCAGCUGAUUUACCACCUGACCCCUCACUCCAAGUGGACGAGACAGAGCGUGCCCAGGAGGAAGUCUCAGGCCUGUCUGAAGACCACCCUGAAGAAGAAACUGUCCGGUGAUGUGGUCAACCUGUCGGGCAUUCCGCUGUCUGGCCGAGACGUCCACCGCGUGGCCUUCUACCUGCAGAGUGGCAGUGACGCCGUGUCUGCUGUGGACCUGAGCUUCACCGAGCUGCAGGACGAGAGCUUACGGCUGCUGCUGCCCUUCCUCGGCUGCCUGCCCAAACUGACCAUACUCGCCGUCAAUGGCAACCGUCUGACGAUGGCCAUCCUGAAAGACCUGACAGACGCCGUGAAGGAUGCCAAGAAGUUCCCCAGCAUGGCCUGGAUCGACCUGGGUAACAAUGUGGAUAUCUUCACCGUGCCGCAGCCGCUGCUUGUGGCCCUGCGGCGUCGCUUCGGCUUACGCAGUAGCCUCCCCACCAUUUAUGAGUACAAGGAGGCGCAGGCAUUCAGUGGCUACAACCCACACAUGGAGACGUCUGUGGAGGAGCCCAGUCUGUACGAGGAGGGAGAAGGAGAGGAAGAUGAUAAAGAGGAGGAGGACAGGCUGGAGAUUCGGGCCUGGGGCUUUGGAGAAGAAAACACGUCAAAAAAUGUGCCACUGCACUUCUGUGGGAGGUGAUCGCCCAGAGCGGCUGUCUUUUAGACCGGCUGCCACUUACAUCCCUCAGUAUCACCUUAAAAUAACUCUCAAAUAAGUAACCGUGUUGUAUGUCCCUCUGGAUACUCCGCCUACUGAAACUCAGCCACGUGAUGCAGGCCGCUCCGUGGUUGUACAGACUGUAAGAAUUAAUCUGAGGAUGAGUUAACCUUCACUUAUCCAGGAGAAGUUGAACUCAACGUGUUUGCCGUUUCCCAGUGCGUUAUGUUCCUAACGUGUUGUGCUCUCACACCUUGAUGCUUCCCAUUAUUUGCCAUUGUCCACUGGGGGUUAAGUGCCUUGCACAAGGGCACCUCUGCAGAAGCGCGUGAGGAAGGGUUAUUAAUUCACAUACCCCGAGCACAUUUAUCCAGCUUGUCUGACGUCACCCACCCUGCCCCCUGUCUGUGGCUGUCAGAAUAAGUCAAAGUAACUAAAUAUCUUUCCUCAGAAAUAGUUUAAUUCAAACUGACAUUUUCGUUAUGAUGUAUAUGUUUUGAGUCAGAACUCUACUGCAGUGAGAUUAUAUUUUUCUCUUGGGACACUAUUAUUUUAAAGUAAAUGGCGAGUAAGUAAAUGACGCAUACUGAAUCCAUUUUAAUUUAAACUUCCAGCUCUGAUGCUUCGGUAAGUGUUGCUGCAGCUGUGUAGAGAAAAACCUCAGGCAGACACACACAUGCAGAUACACACACAUGCAGACACGCACAUGCAGACACACACAUGCAGACACACACACAUGCAGACACGCACAUGCAGACACACACACAUGCAGACACACACAUGCAGACACACACACAUGCAGACACACACACAUGCAGACACGCACAUGCAGACACACACACAUGCAGACGCGCACAUGCAGACGCGCACAUGAGGACAACACACAGUGUUCGGGCAGGAGCGGCCGAUGAACUGAUUACUGCCUCUAUCAGGUCUUGUUAGGCCCCUUUAAUCUCUGAUGGUGAGCAGAGCAUCUAUUUUCUGCUCAGCAAAUAGGACUAGCCACAGAUUAUUUCAUCCUCCGUUGAUUUGUGAGUGAUUCUCUUCAUGAAUCAGACCACGAAUCACGAGAAAGAUGCCCACUCUGUUUUUUAAAGGUGCACUCAGACAAUGAAACGAUUACAAACAGCUCUGCUCUCAUCUUUUCUUCUGUGGAGCCACAGCGAGCACAUCCAUCUUUGUUGUGGCAUGAGUUUCUUUUUGACUCGUCUUUUCUUUGGUAGACGUAUAGAGCUCAUCCUGUUGUAUUGUUUUGGAGCCAUGGGCAUGACUGUUUACUGUAGCGCAACUUAACGCAGACGGGGAGCAUGUUUACAUGUACAUUAAUGUUUCAUUACAUUUGAGAUUAUCUUUGGGGGGGAUUCGAUAAACAGUUGCUGCAUGUGAACAUCUGCCUCCAGAUGUUAAUGUAGUCUGUUCUCUUUCCAUGCUAUGAUUCAGGAAAUUAUGUUUGUGUACAGGGAUAAUAAUGAGCAUGAUGGUGUGUGUGUGUGUGUGUGUGUGUGUGUGUGUGUGUGUGUGUGUGCGUGUGUGUGUGUGUGGGUGUGUGUGGGUGUGUGUGUGUGUGUGUGUCUCUGUGUGUGUGUGUGUGUGUGUGUGUGUGUGUGCAUGAGUGUGUUGUGGACAUGCAGAGUAAAUUACUACCUUUUUAAUUUACUCAUUUGCACUUUAAAAAAGACGUCCUUGAAUACACAAGCUUUGUUUUCAUGGUUUGUUGAUAUAUAAAAACAGCUCACUGAGUCACCCACAUCCUAAAAUAAAUGUUUUGUCUCAACUUUUUCAAACCAUCGACCUUCAUACAAUUCACUGCUGUACAUUUACUUAAUUUUGAUUUUUGGCUCAUUAAGUCAUGGCUCGCUUUUGAAGUAAAAGUUGUGUUUUCUGCUGUUGCUUGAAACAUAAAAACUGUUUG